AUGAAGUUCAUGUCCAAGUCCGACGAGAGGAUGGAGAAGUUGGAGUCCAAUGUUGUUGCUGUGGGGACCCAGAUGAAGAUGUUCGAGACCCAAUUGGGUCAACUGGCCAAUGCUUUUACAAAUCUACACCAACAAGGUCAGUUUCCGAGCAAUACAACUGUUAAUCCCAAGGAGCAUUGCAAGGCAAUCAAUUUGAGGAGUGGGACUACUUAUGAGGGACCCAAGAUGCCUAAGGACGAGAUCGUGUCGCCGGUUGAUGAGAAAGAAGCUGAGGAGGUCACCGUUGAGCGUCAUCAGAAAGAGAGAGUGAAACAGCAGUUCUCCAAGUUUUUGGAGAUCUUCAAGAAGUUGCACAUCAAUCUUCCAUUGGUGGAGGCGCUGCAGGAGAUGCCACAGUAUGCGAAAUUCUUGAAGGACAUCAUCUCGAGAAAGAAAAGGUUGGGAGAAUUUGAGACGGUGAAUCUCAAUGAGGAGUGCAGUGCAAUCUUGCAGAAGAAGCUCCCAGCCAAGCUUAAAGAUCCAGGCAGCUUCACUAUUUCCUGCAUCAUUGGAGGCCAGCAGUUUGGGAAGGCGCUUUGCGAUUUGGGGGCAAGCAUUAAUCUCAUGCCCUUAUCUAUUUUCCAACGGUUGGCUAUUGGAGAGAUGAAGCCGACGUCGAUCGCGUUGCAGAUGGCAGAUAGGUCGGUGACAUAUCCACGGAGGAUAGUGGAAGACGUGUUGGUGAAGGUCAACGAGUUCAUAUUCCCAGCUGACUUUGUGGUGUUGGAUUUUGAGGAGGACAAGAGCAUCUCGUUGAUCCUAGGGAGACCGUUCUUGGCCACAGGACGAGCUUUGAUAGAUGUGGCUAAUGGGGAGCUCACUUUGAGAGUGAAUGAUGAGAGCCACACUUUCUCCAUAUAUCGAGCUUUGAAGUUUUAUGAUGAGAAGGAAGACAUUGACAUGGAGGAGUGCAAGUUGCUGAGCCUAGUUGAUUCCUAUGACACACCAUCUUCAUGGAAGGGUCUCGGCGACCCUCUUGAGGCUUGCAUCUCUCAUUUCUUUUUCUCUGCUGAUUUUGAUUUUCCUCUUGAUAUGCAUUUGUUUUCUGAUGAGUUGUUUGAGUGUUGUAGUGCAUUGGAGAGUGUAGCAGAGAUUGCACGUAGGAAAGGAUGA